AAUUGUCCGCACCCAGAAACAUCCUGCGCCUCCUGCUCAAGACUGACUGACUGACUGCCUGACUGCCUGACUCGACAUGUCUGCCAAUCUCCUUUGCCAUGACCAACUUGCAUAAAGGAGAGAGAGAGAGUCUGUUCUUUCUGCCUGGAACAGGAGGUGCACUCCUAAAAUGCCCUAUUCGCUACCCCGCGCCGCAAACUUGACUACACCGUUUUAGAACACAACCCAGCUACCAAGCUUCAACCUGUAACUUUCUACGAGACAACACGCCUUCACCACACAUCGCCGCACUCUGCCUACCUGUCAUGUCAACAAAUCUCCCGGCCGGCCUCAGGGCUGCCGACAUCUCUCGCUUUGCCCUGCGCGCAUCACAAUUACAAAAGUUCAAGCCCGCAAUAGCAUACUGGUGUCAAUACUACAUCGUCCAGCAGAUCCUCACAAAGGGUCUCCACAAACUAGACUCGGAAUGUGAAGCAUACACCAUAGACUUGAUGAGCAAGCUGGAGCAGAGUAAAGACGCGCUUCAGGAUAACGAUGCCGUCACCGACGACGUAGCCGCCCAGGCUUACGUAGAACAGUUCGCACAAGAGACGUUCCAAAGGGCAGACAACUCUAUACGCUCGAACAAGGCCUCUUCCAGUCAGACUGCCGAUACGUUUCGCGCCGCCGCUACCUUCCUAGAUAUGCUCACCAUAUGGACGAAUCCCCUCGACGCAGAAACGGCAGCAAAGUCAAAGUUUGCCAAAUUCCACGCCUUGCGCAUCGCGAAAGCUUUAAAGGCAGGAGAAGACCCGAACCUGUCCAACCCUCCACCAGAAGACACUACCGCGUCAGAGGCCGCAACCGGUUCGGCGCCUGUCUUGGAUCCAAACGACCCAGAGGUGCAGCGGAUACAGCAUGGCACGUCGAGUACAUACCAACCCCCAAAUGUCGCCUCGGCGCCUUCUUCUCCUGCCUUUUCAGCACGCAUGUCGCCUCCCAUCCCACCCAUCCAUCCGCAAAACUCGUACAACAUGCCAGACGCUGCAGCCACCCCGAAUCCCCACGACGUCUCUCCUCUGUCCCCAGACUCCCGCAAAAACUCCGCAUCGGCCGCGUCUACAACCUCUGCAGGCGGCGGCUACUUUCCCACAGUCCCUACCUUUACAAGCGACUCGUCUGCCCCGAGCCUGCCCACCGCUCCACCGCCAGAAGGCAACGAAACUAUGAAUUUGCCCUCCUCCUCUCACACAGCCACAGCGCCCCCGGCCAUGACUCCCGAUCCCUCAUCCUUUUACACCCAGACUCCUCCUCCGCAGACCUUCUCGCCUCCGCCCGGCUGGCGCCCCCCACAGCCUCAACUCCACACCACCACCAGCAAUCACAACCCACCACAACCACAACCACAGCCACAACCACCACAACAACAAUCACAAUCACGAUACCAUCCCACCACCACCACCACCCCCUUCAAACCCGACGAAGACGCCAUGCUCAGCGCCCAGAAACACGCUAAAUGGGCCAUUUCCGCCCUCAACUUUGAAGACUCGGUCACGGCUAUCAAGGAGUUGCGCAACGCCUUGGCCGAUCUGGAGGGCUGGCCUGCGCAGUGAUACAGGGAGGGAAUGGGCAGUGAUACAGGGAGGGAAUGGGCAGUGAUACAGGGAGGGAAUGCGGUUUCUAGGGUACUACUACUACUUGUUAUAUGUAUGUAUCGUAUAUGUACGUUUGGCCGAGGUUUGGUGGAGGUGCCGAGGGGGUUUUUGGCAUGUAUAUUGAUACCCCUGGAUGGUACUAGAGAGUGAAAGAGAGAGAGACGUAUAUUAAUGCGUACUUUGAUAUACCA